AUGUCGAAUAAUCAUCCCAGAGAUGCUCUCAUAUUCCCUGAUUCGAAUCGCACAUUCUUAGAGCCCCAUCUUCCACCAAAAAGUAAAGGUUCACAAACUCCAAAUUCUGAUCUGCCCUUCACCACACUCACCUUUGCUACUUCCCUCGACUCUGCUCUGGCCCAGUCACCAGGCGCAAGAACCGUACUUUCAGGGCCCCAAUCUAAAGCGAUGACCCACUAUCUCCGGUCGCGUCAUGAUGCAAUCCUCAUCGGGGUGGGCACUGCGGUUGCAGAUGACCCUGGAUUGAACUGCCGCAUCGAUGGGGUCGGUGGCUACGGUGGUCAAGGCCUAGAGGGACAACCCCGUCCGAUCAUCAUCGAUCCCAGCGCUCGAUGGGACUUUACCGAGAGCUCUAAAAUCCUGACGCUGGCCCGGGAAGGUCGUGGUCGAGCGCCCUUUAUCAUCACAGGGAUGCAGUCUGCCCCGGCAGAGAAGAAAGCUCUGUUGGAGAGGCAUGGCGGCAAGUUCAUAUCGCUGGAUGUGGUGACGACCGAAACAGGAGAGCAUCGCAUGGAUUGGAUCACUCUGCUCAAGACCCUCAGAAAAGAAGGACUGGAGAGUGUCAUGAUCGAGGGAGGAGGGACGAUCAUCAAUUCUCUUUUGGAGUCCUCCUACCAACAUCUCAUUGACUCGGUCAUUGUCACCAUCGCUCCAACCUGGCUCGGGCAAGGAGGAGUGGUUGUUUCGCCUAAGCGACGAUUCAACGAGCACGGCGUGGCCAUUCCCGCGUCCCGAUUGACCGACGUGAAAUGGUAUCCUUUCGGAGAGGACGUUGUACUUUGCGGGAGGAUCAAGUCCUGA